AUGGAUCGUAUUACUGCGAGCGCCGACAACGACUUCAAUGUUGCGUUGUAUGGCACGCUUUGGAUAGCCGCUCUUUCUUUGAUUUGGUUUACUUGCCGUGCAGACCCUGAAGAGCCUGUCAAGUAUGUUGUCGAGACGCCUGAGCAAGCCGAGAAGGGAUGGAAGGGUGAGGUGCUUGAGAAUCCUGGAUUGAAGGUUUCUGGAUCCCACCUCAUCCAAUGCUAUGCCCCCGCGACUGGCGAAGCCCUCGGGCGCGUCAACCCCUCCACGGCCGACGGCAUUGACCGCGCGAUUGAGAAAGCGAAAGCUGCUCAAGUGAAAUGGGCCGAAACAAGCUUUCUUCAGCGCCGUAAAGUACUGCGCACUAUGCUCAAGUUCAUCCUGGAGAACCAAGAGGCAAUUGCGAGGGUUGCGUGCCUGGACUCUGGAAAGACCAUGGUGGACGCCAGCUUGGGCGAGAUCUUGGUUACGGUGGAAAAGUUAAGAUGGACUAUCAAGCAUGGUGAGAAGAGCUUGAAGGCGGAGAAGAGGGAUACCAACUUCCUCAUGAUGUACAAGUCGAAUGAGGUUGUUUGGGAGCCACUUGGUGUAGUUGCGGCUUGUGUCUCCCAUAUCACAUUCAUUGGCUCGCGACCAGUAGCACACCAUGUCUGCGCAUCGGCAGCGAAGGCACUGAUACCAGUAUGUGUCGAGUUGGGUGGUAAAGACCCGGCAAUAGUGCUGGAUGACCUGUCCAACAGUGACUUCAAGCGCGUCGCUAGCAUCCUCAUGCGAGGUACCUUCCAGUCUGCAGGACAAAACUGCAUUGGCAUUGAGCGAGUCAUUGCGCUUCCGAACGUCUACGACCGUCUCAUCGAGUACCUCACACCGAAGAUACGCGCCCUCCGCCCCGGAUCUAUACUCAACAGCUCCUCAGACACACCCAUCGACAUUGGCGCCUCAAUCUCCGACGCGAGUUAUUCCAAGCUCGAAGAUCUCAUCCAGGAUGCUGUCAAAAACGGUGCUCGCCUUCUAGUCGGAGGAAAACAAUACGCUCACCCUGACUUCCCCAAGGGCCACUACUUCACACCCACCUUCAUAGCCGACGUAACCCCCUCGAUGAAAAUCGCCCAAACCGAACUCUUCGCCCCAGUCUUCCUCCUCAUGCGCGCCGAAUCCGUUACAGACGCCAUUACAAUCGCAAACAGCACGUCCUACGCCCUCGGCUCCUCCGUUUUCGGCUCUUCCAACCGCGAUCUCGAGCUCGUCGUCCGCUCCCUUCACGCAGGCAUGGUGGCCGUCAACGACUUUGCAGUCUACUACAUGGUGCAGAUGCCGUUUGGCGGUACAAAGGGCAGUGGCUAUGGUCGCUUUGCUGGCAAGGAGGGAUUGAGGAGUUUGUGCAAUCAGAAGAGUAUUACGAGGGAUCGGUGGGCAUGGGCGGGGAUUAAGACGGGGAUUCCACCGCCGAUGGAUAUUCCGUUGAAUGGUGCGGGUGCUGGGGAGAAGGCGUGGAAUUUCGCACAGGGCAUUGUUUGGUUAGGAUAUGGGGAUUUGAGGGGGAAGACUAGGGGGUUGAAGGGGUUGAUGGGUAUGAAGUAG